UGUGCCGCGCCUCGAAGCUUCUUCCUCCCGAAGCACAUCGUGUGGACUCUGGAACGCGCCGCCCUGCCGUGCCGGAAUUCUCUGCUCCCUCGCCGACACGCCACCGCUCAAACCCAGCCGACCAGUAUAAAAACUAGCCUCCCUCGCCGCCACCUCGCCAUCGACGACCUAUCGAUCCCCUGGUAGGUGUCUCCGUCUAGCGCUUUCCACUCCCACCGAGCUCUAUCCACACCGCUUUCCACUCUCCUUCUGCUCCUCUCGUCAUCGUCCAUGGAGGGCAAGGACGCCUCCGACGCGCCACCGGCCGGCGCGCCGCAGCCCGCGGCUCCUGCUCCUCCCGCGGCGGGGCAGCCGCAGCCGCAGCCGCCCGAGGCGGCGCGGUGGGGCACGCGGCAGAUGGGCCCGCCGGCGGCGCCUGGGGCGCACCCGGAGAACCAGGAGGCGGCGCGGGGGACGGCGGCGCGCGGGGACCAGGAGCUGCCGCCCUACGUCAUCGUGGGGGAGCCCGUGGCGGCGCCGAGGCAGAAAGGGGACAGCCCCAUGGAGCACAUCCUCGACUUCUUCAACGUCUGGAGCCGCAAGGCCGAGGAGCUCGCGUCCAACAUCUGGUUCAACCUGAAGACGGCGCCGUCGAUGUCGGACGCGGCGAUGGGCAAGCUGAGCCUGGGCGCCAAGGCGCUGUCGGAGGGCGGGUUCGAGAAGCUGUACAGGCAGACCUUCUCCGCGGGCCCCGAUGAGCAGCUGCGGAAGACCUUCGCGUGCUACCUGUCGACGGCCACCGGCCCCGUCGCCGGCACGCUCUACCUGACCACCGCGACCGUCGCCUUCUGCAGCGACCGGCCGCUCUCCUUCGCCGCGCCGUCGGGGCAGACCGCCUGGAGCUACUACAAGGUGGCGAUCCCGCUGGACAAGGUCGCGGCGGUGGAGCCGGUGACGACCAAGGAGAGCCCGCCGGAGAAGUACGUGCACGUCGUCACCGUCGACGCCCACGACUUCUGGUUCAUGGGCUUCGUCAGCUACGACAAGGCCGUGCACCACCUCACCGAGGCCGUCGUCUCCCACCGCUCGUCGUCCCAGUACCAGAAGCAGGGCGUCGCCGGCGCCGGCGCCGCCGCCGGCCAGUGAUGAGAGCUCCGUUCGCCGGAGACGCGUGUGUAGCUAGCCCUGUGCAGUGUAGCGACUAGUGAGUGCUUUGUGUCAUGCUUGUUGCUUGUGAGAUGGACGGUCUACCGACUCCUGUGUGCGUGUGGUACAUUUCCGUGGUAUUUGUGAAUUGUUUGAUGUGUAUACACUUGUUAAUACUACCUCCAUUUCAAAUUAUAGUUCGCGAUUUCAAA